UAGUGUACGCCUGUGCAUAGCUCCGAGGAGGUGAAGGGGGGCAGGGAGAGUGUGUGUCGGAGAAGAGGAGGACGCGAAGAAAGUGUUGCAGCUCUGUGAUCUGCGUGUGUGUGCACUGCCGCCGCUGUUGUGUGUGCGCGAGGCUGAAGAUCAUUGCGAAAGUGACCUGAUCAGGCUUGUAGAGGGAGAGAGAGCGCGCGAGGGAAAGUGGGCGAGCGCGUCAGUGUGUGCAACCCGACCCCUUUCCAGCUGCCCAGGGCACCAGAGAAAAACGAUGGGGACUCAGCCCAUCGGAGGGAGGUGAAGCAGAGGGAGGGGUGGGCGAGCAGUGCGUUGGGGUGGGAGGCGACACAUGCCCGACACAAUCAGGGAUGGGACCCACGUCUGCCGCUACUCCCGCUGCACCUGGACCUGCUGCUCGUCGGGAGGCAACAACAACCAAGAAAAGAAGAAAUUGAGGGAAGGGAGGUGCAGGGGGCGGGGGAGGAAGAGGGAGAGAGCGGCAGCAUCACCCUAAUUUAUAUACUGCUUUGAAGAAGUCUUUUCUUCGCCGGCAAGGGAGAGGAAGGGGGGCCUGCUGUUCAAUUUCGGGCAAUAGCAAAGAGAUCCGAAAAGUCCGGAUUUAAAAAAGAAACAGAAACACGCACGCAGGGCUUGCUGGAUUUUGCACCGAGCGGCCAUCUCAGCGGGAAGCAAUUCUUUGGGGUUUUUUUUUUGUUGCAUCCAUGGAGUUACUUUGUAUCUAAUCAAAAAAGGAGGUUAUCAUCUACGGAUCCUACGAGGCGGGGGGGAUGUUUCGUCCCCUCCGCAAUGGUACCGGAUUAAUUUUUGCAAAAGGAAAUUCUAUGAACGGUUACGUUUCUGGAGCAUCACCCCCCACACUUCUUCUGUAACCCCAGGGGCAUUCUCAACUCUUGGAGGACGCUCUCUCCAAGCCAAGAUGGAAGAGAAACGGCGAAAGUACUCGAUCAGCAGCGAUAACUCAGACACGACUGACAGCCAGACAACAUCAACUUCAAGAUGCUCCAAAAUUCCAAAUACAAAAUCUGGUUGGUCAAGACAGAAGGAGAAGAAACCCUCAGAGGUUUUUCGUACGGAUCUGAUAACAGCCAUGAAGAUUCCAGAUUCUUACCAGCUGAGUCCAGAUGAGUACUACAUCCUUGCUGAUCCCUGGAGGCAGGAAUGGGAGAAAGGUGUUCAGGUACCUGCAAAUACAGAAACAAUCCCGCAACCAGUGGUUCGGAUCAUUCCUGCACUAGAGCACUCAUCACAACAGAUCUCCCCAAGCAAUCUGUUCAGCUCUGACAGCUCUGAAUUCACCAGGACAUACUCCCAACGAGUUAGCCGAUACAAUCUGGAUGAAAUAGAUGCUUGCUGGCUGGAACUCUUAAAUAUGGAGCUUAAGGAAAUGGAGCAGCCAGAAAUGGAUGAAUUCACUCUGGAAAGAGUGCUGGAGGAGCUGGAGAUGCUUUGCUACGAGAAUAUGAACAUUGCCAUCGAGACAGAGGAGGGCCUGGGCAUCGAGUAUGAUGAGGAUGUUGUGUGUGACGUCUGCCGCUCACCAGAAGGAGAAGAUGGCAAUGAGAUGGUUUUCUGUGACAAAUGCAAUGUCUGCGUUCAUCAGGCUUGCUACGGAAUCUUGAAAGUUCCCACUGGAAACUGGCUUUGCCGAACCUGUGCUCUGGGAGUCCAGCCAAAGUGUUUACUCUGCCCAAAGAGAGGAGGUGCACUAAAACCCACUCGGAGUGGGACAAAAUGGGUCCAUGUUAGUUGUGCCUUAUGGAUACCUGAAGUUAGUAUUGGAUGCCCUGAAAAAAUGGAACCCAUUACAAAGAUUUCACAUAUCCCAGCAAGCAGAUGGGCUUUGUCUUGUAGUCUUUGCAAGGAGUGUACUGGAACAUGCAUUCAGUGUUCCAUGCCUUCCUGCAUCACAGCCUUCCACGUAACAUGCGCCUUUGAACGCAAUCUGGACAUGCGGACACUUUUAGCAGAGAAUGAUGAAGUGAAGUUCAAGUCGUUCUGUCUUGAGCACAGCAGCAAUGCUAUUAAGCCCCCAGAUCAGGUACGGACAGAGGCAGAUCAAGGCAGAUUAGACAUGGAGAAGGUGACACUGAGAAAGCAGAAGCUCCAACAGCUGGAGGAAGACUUUUAUGAUCUUGUGAAGCCCUCAGAGGUGGCUGAGAACCUUGAUAUGGCUGAGUGGCUAGUUGACUUUGUCUAUCAGUACUGGAAGAUGAAGCGGAAAGCCAAUUACAACAAACCCUUGAUGAUGCCCAAAACGGACGAGGUGGACAAUUUGGCUCAGCAAGAACAGGAUGUGCUAUACCGACGCUUGAAGCUUUUCACACACCUCAGGCAGGAUCUUGAAAGGGUUAGAAAUCUCUGUUACAUGGUGACAAGGCGAGAGAAAAUGAAGCACUCCAUUUGCAAACUCCAGGAACAGAUCUUCCAUCUCCAGAUGAAGCUUAUUGAGAAGGAUCUUUACCCAGAGCAAACUGGGAAAAGAACAAAGGGAAGGAGAAGUGACCCAAAAAGAAAAGGAAGAGAUGAUAGGAAAAGCAGUCCAGAGAAGAAGGAAAAAAGGAAAUCUGGGAAUGAAUUGGUACUGCAACAACUGGGUUUAUCACCUUCCUUUCCCAUUGAUGGGACAUUCUUCAAUAACUGGCUGGCUCAGUCUGUACAGAUUACUACAGAGAACAUGGCAAUGAGCGAGUGGUCCUUGAACAAUGGCCAUCAUGAAAAUACCACCCCUGGUCUCUCUGAGGAACUUUUACAAGAUGAAGAAACCUUGUUAAGUUUUAUGAUGGAUCAUUCCUUGAAGUCCUCGUUGAAACAGAGUGACACAGCAAAGAAAGCUAAGAGCAAACUGCGUGCUCACAAUAAGAAAAAACCUGCAAGAAACAGCUUGAAUACCAUCUUCAAAAGUCACCAAGAGGAGGAUUCAAAUCAGUGGACUAAUAAUGUGAAUUAUUUGCCAGACGACACCACAAAAUCUUUAUUCCAUAAUUUAAGAAACAGCAAGGCAGAGAAAGGUAUGGACAGAUUUCAGCCAGAGCACAAAGGGAUAUGCGAAGCAAAAAAGACAUCUAAGAAGGGUUCUCAUCCUGCACCUUCUCUUCCAAAAGCAAAUGAUUCUCAAGCUUCCCAAGGUCUGAUAAGUAACCUCAGCAAUGAUGAAGAACCAGUUAAAUCUCUCCCAUCUGAUCCCAACUCCCUGGUUAAAGUGCCUGACUCAGUAGGUAGUCCGAAAACAGUAGUGAGGUUCAAAUUACCAAAAGAGGGCAGAGGAACUCGGAGAUCACACAGUGAGAAGACUGACAUGUUUAAUGGACCUCCAGGAAGUGAAAGAUCAAAGGUUAUCUUACACCCUUUUGACAAUGAGACUGAUGGCUACUUUUCAGAUGCAGAAAUGAGUGACUCCGACACAGAAUCCAGUAGUGGCAGAGGGCCCUGUAGCCAGUUAGAUUCAGGAAAUGGGGAUAAUUUCAGAAUGAGUAUUUUGGCAUCCUAAUACACCAGAUAGACCAAUUGGGACAGCUCUUUGAGGCCUAAAUCCAGUUAUAACUGCCAUGUCCCCUUUCUUCCUAGUAUCAUAACAGUGGGUUUUAGUUUGUUUUAAUUUGUAUAUAUAGUUUUGAAAUUAGCACUGUUGUUUUUCCUCUUCUCUAUAUGCCUGAGAAACAGCUAAAAGCCUCACAGAGUAUAUACUGUAACAGUAGUUAACCUUUCGUACUCAAAACCUGCAAACCUGGUUAAAUUAAACGCAAGCAUGUGCAUUUUUAGGAACCUGUGCUUGCUGGUAGUGAACAGGACAUCCUAGAAUUUUAAUGAGGAGAUCUGAGAUUGCCAGUAUCUGUUGUUUAUGCAGGGAUGAUAGUUUUAUGGGCAUUAUUUAAACCAAGCUAGUAGAUUUCAUGGUCUGCCUGGUGUUAUUGCCUCAGUUUGGCAGGUUGUAGAAUGGGAGGGCUACUAUGGUAGCCAAUUAUAUACACAGAACUUAAUAGAAAAGUAAAUAUAUAUGUUUGUGUGUAUGUGUGUGCGCGCGGGUGUGCAGGAUUUGUUAGCGUGCAUGUCUGUGCGCGUACAACUAUGAAGUAAAAUAAGCGAUUAUUUUUUAAAGAAGCACAACAAGCUUAUUUGAAGAAAGCACUUAAUGGGUGGAGGAAUACAACAUUGUAUUUAUGAUCUAUUAAAUCCUUGAUUUCUCUUUCUCACCUCUCCAGUUUGGUCAGAGUCCGUCCAAGGGGCCAAGAACCAAGAUUUAGCCCAGUCAGUCCAGCAGUCCGCUGGGCAGCACUAUAAACACGCAUCCAAGCCUCUCAGUAGAUAGAGAAGAGAUACAUAUCUGUAUUAAAGCUGCUCUGCUUUUUUAUCAGUGUCCUUCCUGAGUAACUUUUGGUAUUAUUUAUUGGUAUAACCUAAUAUAUGGUUUUCUGAAGAAUCUCCAUAAUUUACUCAGGAUGAUGGCAGUAGCCUUUUACCAAAACACUUGGGCCAAAAUGGAGAUCAGAAGAAGAAGACAUGAUUUCAUUAAUCAGAGAAGAAAAAAAUAUAUUCCAAGAUGUGUUUUCUUUUGUUUCAAAUCAAAUGGCUUUUAUUCCCAACCUUGCACAAGAGCUCAAGGCCACACUUUUCAGCAAAAUAGCCAAAUUGUCAUUUGCCUGUGCAGGGAAUUGAACACCUAAACUUCUUUACAGAAGUGGAUAUUUGGCUGCAGAGUCUGAAUACAACAUAAUUUGGAGGCAAUUGAAACUCUUUAUCUUUGCCAUUGACUUCCCUUUUUUUUUUUUUGUCUAAACACUGUAACUCCAUGGAUGGGGUUUCUCCCCUUCCCAUCCUUCCUUUUCAAAACAGAACUCUUAGAAGUAAGCCAUCAACUCAUCAAAGGAGGGUGAUUUGCAGAAGUUAACAUUCUAAAUAUUACAAUAUCAUUGUGCAUAUAUUGUUUCUAAGAAGCCUUAAGUGUCGUCAAAAGCCCAUGUUACCUAUGAGUCAUGAAAAUUUCCAUGUUUGCACUUAACUGCGCCAUUAUUUCAGUUUUGGCUUCACAGUUAACAUUUGCUAUAUGCUUUAUGGGAGUGACCCCAGUGCGAACUCAGGGAACAAAAAGAAAAGUGAAGUUCACAAAAACUUCUUGGUGGUGUGUAACUUCCAAAAAAUUUUUACUGGGACACUUCUGCUUGUUGACCCAUCAUUUUCAAGCUGGGGGAGACGAAGACCUUGCAGUUGUUCAGAUGAAUCAGUGAAAUUACUUAAUGGAUGCCAAAGAAUAUUCUGACAAUAAAAUAGCACAGCUGGAAACCGGAAACUAGUCAUUUGGAGAAGAAAAUGGAUGGAGCUGUUAAGCUACAAAAGGACUAGAUACACGUUCAUGACACAGCUGGGGCGUUAAGUUGCAAGCUUGCUAAAGGUUAUGCUUUUUCUCAUUUGGACCAUAUUCCAGCAUUUUGAUUUCUGAUGCUCUUUGCUCAUUUCAGUCUGAGCAAUGUUGGGUUUUUGUUCUCUGAUGCCAUAAAUUGGCUAUCCUUGGGUUUUUUUUUCAGUCAAUCAUUUUACAAGCCUUCCAAAGCCUUUACCAUCGCUCCAAUUGAGCAACCGAGAAUCUUGAUUCUGAAAAUAAACCAAAAUCAGGAGCCAAACUCUUAUCAGUUUUACUGAUCUGAGAAGUUUUGUUUGCAAAAUCUCACUUAAAAUGGAACACUUCAAAAUUAGACUAACUUAUGUGGGUUCCUAAGCAAAUAUUGCUCCUUUGUCAAGGCUUGGUAUGUUCUGAUAAUGUUAAAUACAGUAAAUAGGACUUAGUUUUAUCUUAUCAAGCUUGCUAGGCUUUAGCUACAAUAUCCUAGUUAUGUCAUACAAAUAAUCAAUAUGCUGUCUUUUAAUGGACCUUGCUUCCGUGUGCUUCAGUUCAACUAUAGCUAAAAAUAAAAAAGAGGAACAGAAUCCAGAAAUCUCACUGUACACAGCUUUGUUCAUGAGCUACUGCAUUACUUGCUUGCUUGGCCAGUACAGGACAGCAAAAGGGACAAACUUUAAAGAACAACCAAACUAAAGCAACACCUUUUCUUAAAAGAACUGGGUCAUAUAUGGCAGCACUGUGAGAUACUCUGUCAUUAUUGUGAAUAAGAGGUAGUUGUGAACAAAAAAGAAAUAAGUAAAAUAAGUAUUUCACACUGAUCUCACAGCUUCAGGACACUCAAUGGGCAAUCUACAGAAAGUCUUACGGAAAGCAUUGUAUAAACUGUGGAUUAGCACACCUAAAGUACUCCCCAAAUUUGACAAGAAUGGGCAGGCCCUGCUCACUUGGACUGUCAUGAUUUUGCAACCUGAGAAUGUAAAUGGGGGCUUCAUUGUGUGGAGAAUGAGAAAAUGGGAAAUAGAAAAAUUCUGUAGAAUUGUCUGGGAGAGAAGAAUCCAACAUUGUUCCUACCUAGAAUGUUUAACUGAUUGUGUUACAAAACAUAUUUACUGCAUUCCUUGUAGAUAACUAUUCAGAAGGAUGCCCUUGUGGCUUUGAUUUUUAAAAAAGUAUUUUGCCAAAUUUACUGAGCCAUCUGUUGCUUUAGAUUCUUCUGUGUGCUUGGAUAUGUUCUUGAAAUUGAUAAAAGCAUUCUACUACAGUUAUGAUAAAGGCCCAUGAGUGCCUUGGGACCAGUUAUAAUCUCUGAAGCUAUUCAGGACCCCAUGAAAAAGAAUGUUUUCUAUGAAGAUCCACCUCUGACUCUGCCCUAUAUCGGUUCCAACACUGAAUCUUCUGUGUUGUUUCCAGUCAGUCCACUUUGGCCCCAGAGGGUCAUUCCUGCUCAGUCAUAGUAGCCACCUGAAUAUCAGUCCAAUACUUUAAAGAAACACUCCAUUCUUCCUUUGCUGUUUAGCGCCUCCUUUUGUUUUCCCUGCAGAACCAACAAAAAAGAUUUGCAUAAAAGGAGAAAAUGUAAAUGGAAAAUAUUUUUGAUGCACUGUAAAUGUAUUUUGAGAUGAACAGAGAGAAAAAAUAUAAAUGGUCUAUUUUAUUAAACAAAUGUCUUUUAAGGUGAUGUGUGAACUUCAAGCAUUGGCAUUUGCACUGUAAAAGGGGAAUCCCAUUUCUUUUGGAAAAACAGCAUCAUGCUUAUUUAUUCUCAAUGUAACAAUAAUACUCCUUUUUGGUUUGUCAGCAUGAGUGAAACUUCUCUUUUAAAACUGUAGUGUUGAAUGGAAUUUCCAAGAAACACUUGAGAUUUUCUCAGACUUGCAGUGCCUUUCUGAUCAGAGUUACACUCUUCUAAAGUCCAUUGAAGUCAGUGGACUUAGAAGCAUAUAACUGCUUUGAUUGGCACUGUUAGUUUCUCUCCUUAGGUUUUCUGGAACAGCUCAGUAUAUCAUAUAUUUUGUUUCUUGAGUACAUCCUUAUGUAUAAUUGGAAAAACAAAAUCUAGCCAUGCUUUUCCUCAAAGCACAAUUGGAGAAUUAGCCAUUUCUUCAUAAGAAAAAGAGGAAAAGAUCCAAUUCUACCUGCUAUCUUUUUUACUGAACUCCUCCAAAAUUCGGAUUUUGCAACCUGUCACACAAAAAGACUCCAUUUCCUGUUACUCAGCAGGUGUGUUAAUUUGGUUGUUCUUUAAGGAAACACUUGUAUACUUUUCUUCAUUCCACACAGACACAAAACAAGCCCACACCAUAUCAAUUACAGGAAACAAUAUGAAUGUCACAGGAGGCAAAGCCCUUCUGUUUUCUUUGUUUCAAAGAAAGUGAUGUGCCAUUUGUUAAUAUAAAAGAGAAAUAUUGAAAAUUAUAUUGAAAAGAGCAAUUUUAAAUUAUUUUUGGCUUAUGUUGCAAUAUUUAUUUUCUAGUAUUAGAAAUUCCUUUGUAGAGAAAAAAUGUAUUUUUCAUUAAUGCAAAAACCUAUUUCUCCUUUUUGUACAUUUUCCAUGGUAGUUAAUCCUUAAAGCAAUAUAAUGUAUCAAAGUUGUUCUGUGUGAAAGCUGUAUUAUGCAUGCUGUUUGUGUUGCCUUGAAUAGGUCUGUCUGCCAUAAUUUUCAUCAUGUUUCGAUUCAGUGUAUGCUUUAAUACACAUUGGGACCAUGGCACAUUUGCUUAUGGAAAAAAACCUUUGCAUUCUUCAAUGUGUUGGCAAAUGCAGUCAAUAAAGCCGUGUUUUCUGUGUA